CCAGACUGGGCCCGGAGGUCAGUCGGAAGCCUCCGGCUAGUGGCGAGAGAGGACUCAGGUGUCCCGGGAGAGGACUCUGCGGGGAGUUGAAGAGGUACAUCUAGAGAGCGACUGCGACCCGUGCUACCUGCCUCUCCACCCACCCACCGAGGUCCUCUCCAUCCACCCUGGCCCACCCACGCUGCCUUGGGGUAGAAAAAGGAGUCUUCUCAGCCGCACUUUCUGACCUAACUUCCCGGGAGUCGCUCAAAAGUAGGGCCCCAGGGCUCGGAGCAGCUGGGUAUGGGUACCGAGAAUGAAAGCCCAGAACCGGACUGCCAGAAACAGUUCCAGGCGGCAGUCAGCGUCAUUCAGAACCUGCCUAAGAAUGGCUCUUACCGCCCCUCCUACGAAGAGAUGCUACGAUUCUACAGCUACUACAAGCAGGCUACCAUGGGGCCCUGCCUGGUCCCCCGGCCUGGGUUCUGGGACCCCAUUGGACGAUAUAAGUGCUCUCUGCCCCUCCAGGGACGCCUGGAACAGCCUGGGCAAGAUGAGCAGGGAGGAGGCCAUGUCCGCCUACAUCACUGAGAUGAAGCUGGUGGCACAGAAGGUGAUCGACACAGUGCCCCUGGGUGAGGUGGCAGAGGACAUGUUUGGUUACUUCAAGCCCCUGUACCAGGUGAUCCCUGACAUGCCGAGGCCCCCGGAAACCUUCCUGAGAAAGGUCACAGGUUGUAAAGAGCAGGUACUGAAUGGAGAUGCUGGGGCUGCCCCAGAGCCUUCCUGCCUCCCCGAGGAACCAGCACCCCCAAACCCAGAGUCCCAGCCACCCAGGGACCUGGACUCUGAGUUUUUCUCUGAUUCUCUGGAGCAGCUGGAGCCUGAGCUGCAGGUUUGGGCAGAGCAGAGGGGUGCCCUUGGAGGGGAGCCUGACUCCAGAAACAGCCCUGUGCCCCCCCGAGAGAAAGAGGGAUUGGAGGGCAGCCUGCUGGGGCCCCAGGAAUUGGAUACGUGGCUGAUGGGGACAGUUCGGGCACUGCAGGAGAGCAUGCAGGAAGUCCAGGGGAGACUGCAGAGCCUGGAGAGCAUGCCCAGCCCCCCCAAGCAGGAUGGUGUGGCUCAGGUUGCAAGCAGGGAAGUCAAGGGGUCUGAGGUACUUCUACCCUGGAAAGGAGAGAGGGAAGGGCCCUCCUUUCCUGCUGUAAACUCCCUCUGCCUCAAGAGAAACAGCUUGAGGACUAAUUCCAACAGUUUGGAAGGGCCAGGAUGUGUCUGUUCUUUGCAUUGGGGCUGGAGGUCCCUGUUGCCCCUCUGUCAGGACUUCUGUUCCCAGAUUUAGGGUUUGCCCCCAAACAAUUCAGCCCUUGCAUCCCUCACUCCCUCGCUCGACUCCUCGAUCCGCUCGCCCCUUACUCCUCUGCUUCUGCAGAAUACACAACAGCUGCCAUUUCUGGAGCCCCAGCUGUGCGCCAAACACGUUACUUGCAUUAUCUUAUUUAAUCCACACAACAACCCAAUGAAAUAGCUUCUCUUCAUUUCCCUUGUACAGAUGAGGAAACUAAGGCUCUCAGAGGCUGAGUAAUUUACUUGAGGGCACACAGCCUGGAAGAGUCUCACAGAGCUGCUGUGAGGAUUAGACGAAAUAAUGCCUGUAGUUGCUUCUGCAGUGCCAAAACACAGGAAGGCCUUCUCGAAUGGGGUUGUUAUUUUUACUAUUAUUAACAUUAAGUGAUAGAGCUGGGAGUGGCCCCAGGUCUAUCUUCCUCCAAAGCUGGCCACCAUUAACUCUGAGUAGGUCUAUUCUUGAGAAGCCUGGGGUGGUGGGGGCGGGAGAGGGCUAAGUGCUGGAUGUGGGGAUUGCUGGGUAGCCCCUAACCCCCUUGCACAGUGUGUCAGCCAGGGUGGCAGGAAUCUCCUCACAUCCACAGUGGCUAGCCUUUCAACACCCACCCCCCAGGGAUUUAUUUAUUUUGUUUACCUUUCACUAAUUUUAUAUGCUGAAGAUUUUAAAGAUUUCCACCCUGAAACCCUUGGGUUUGCAUCACUAAAGAUAAGAACAUUCUACUACCUAGCCCAAACAACAACAUUCUAUCACACACAAUAAUUCCUUCAUAUCAUCAAAUACCUAAUCCAAAAUCAAAUCUCCCCAGUUGUACUGACACUGCCUUUUCCAGCUGCUCCCUCUGUCCAGUCCAGGAGCACCUCCUGCAUCUGGGUCCUCUGUUCUUUAAGACUACUUUAAGGGCCGGCCCCAUGGCGUAAGGGUUAAGUGCUCUUGCUCCACUGCUGGCAGCCUGGGUUCAGAUCCCAGGCACGCACCGACGCACUGCUUGUCAGGCCAUGCUGUGGCGGUGUCCCAUAUAAAGUGGAGGAAGAUACGCAUGGAUGUUAGCCCAGGGCCAGUCUUCCUCAGCAAAAAGAGGAGGAUUGGCAUGGAUGUUAGCUCAGGGCUGAUCUUCCUCACAAAGAAAAAGACUCCUUUAGUCUAGACCAGUUCCUUUUCCUCACUACUGACUUGCUGGUGAAACUGGCCAGUGGUCCUGUAGAAUGUUCCACUUUUUGGGUCUCUCUGAUUACAGCCUCAUGUCUAGUUUACAUGACCAGAUUACAUCAGAGGUGACGUUCUUCACAUCAGGGAACACGUACCUAGAGGUCCCACCAUUAAUGAUUCUAGUGUGGACCACUAGCAUGGAUGAAGGAGAGAGAGUCCGAUCCCACCACUGGGAAGGCACGUUUUCCUCUUGCAGCCAAGGAACGUCCAGUUCUCCGUCAACCCCAUUUGCCACAUGGGUUUUGACAACAAUUGACAGAUAAUCCAUGCCUGGAUUAAUAAUUUAUUUAGUGGUUGCAAAAAAAUGUUGACUUUUAAAUUCUAUUAUUCCUUUAACAUUUAUUAGCUGUCAUUUUUCUGUAGAGUUUCCCUGAUCAUCUAGGAUUUCCCUGAAUACAGUGCCUUAUGGAAAGGCAGGAUAAAUGCUUAAUUCUUUCUCUUUAUCUAUUUUUAAAGCAAGGAGUUGAUUUAACAACCACCUCAAUAAUGACAAAUUUCCAACUUUCUCUUUUUUUGAGUAUCUUUAUGGACUCACGGAUUUUAAAGAUUCAGUAUUUCAAUCAACUGCAAUCAUCAUUCUUUUUGAUGCUCAGAUUGCCACAACUUUGGUCAGUGGAGACCCUUUCAAGCUGGGUCCUCUAUUCUUAUAACGUGACCUCAUUAAUCUUUAAAAGCUUCCUUGCUUUCUGGUACAAGAUGUCCCACAUUCACCUCUACCUUCCCUGCUCCACACCUAGAAUCAGUCACUUCUCUAAGGCGCCCUGGCUCCUUUUAGCAGAGAUGAUAUUUAGAAACUAAAAUCUGAGCACCGAGGGUCCUCAUUUGAAAUAUGAGGCACAUCCUUUACAAUAUGGGGUCUUCAGACCAUACCAACAGGGUCACUGCUCUGCGGCGCAGAGGAGACAGCCUAGAAGCCAGUCUCUCCACUAGGCAGCCCCUCCAGCCUCCAGCCCUCUUGGCACCUGAGAUUGCCAUGGGAGGAGGAUGUGGGAGGGAUGUGGGAGGGAGUUGGAGCUCAAUCAUCAGGGACACACUGGGAGCCCCAGGAUCACUUCCCUUCUAGUGGUGCAGAUUUGGGGGGAGGGUCUUCUCUGCCCCAGUCCUUACAAUCUGGGGGAGGCAGAAGCGCCCACUGAGUUAUGGAAGCAGGUUCCUAAGGAGGGCCCAGUCUAUGCUGAGGCCUGGGCUGGCCCCUGACUCCCUCACUCUUGGCAGCAGAGGCCCUCGCCCAGUGCCCGGCCUUGGCCCCUCAGGCUCUCGGGUCCCAUGCUGCUCUUCUUCCUCCUGUGGCCCUUCAUUGUCCAGUGG